AUGACGAAAUCGAAAAUAGAAACAAUCAAGAAUUUUCCCAAUCCUGUUGGGACUUGGACAUUACUCGAUUUAAUUGGUGAUGGCCUUUAUAGCGAAGUUUACACAGCGAAGCAUAAUAAAAAAAACAUGAUGGUUGCUAUGAAAAUUACUGAUAAUAUUUGGGAUAGGAAAGAGCGUCUUCUUCACGAAAUUGAUAUUUUACGCCAUCAUUCUCAACAUCCUAAUAUCAUCAAGUUCCAAGGUUGUUUUCUAAAACGUCGACACCUUACUCUCACCGCUGAAGAUCAGCUUUGGUUUGCUCUCGAAUAUUGCCAAGGCGGAUCUGUUAGCGAACUUGCCAGAAGAGUUCGAGAUAAAGGAAAUCGAAUACGUGAAAAUAUCAUCGCUUACAUUAUUCGCGAAACCAUGAAUGCGCUUGCAUUUCUUCAUGAACGAAAUAUCAUCCAUCGCGAUAUCAAAGGGGGUAACAUCUUGCUCACAAGUGAAGCCCACGUCAAAUUGAUCGAUUUUGACGUAUCUGCAAUGUUAAAGACAUCGCAACAACGACGCCAAUCCUGCACUGGAACAUCGUAUUGGGUAGCACCUGAAGUGAUUGCAUGCAAAAGUUAUGCAAACCAACAAUUUGAAGAAAGGAGCUAUGAUAGUCGAUGCGAUACGUGGUCGUUAGGUAUUACGGCCAUCGAAUUAGCGGAUGGUAAACCCCCUUUUGCAGAACAACACCCUGAUCGAGCGAUGUAUAAAAUUUUAAGGAGCGUUCCUUCAACUGUUAAAGAACCCACACUAUGGAGGGCUGAUUUCAAUGAUUUCAUUAAAUGGUGUCUAGCAAAGAAUGCUGAUAAGAGGCCUUUUAUACAGGAUUUAUUUGCACAUCCAUUAAUAAAAGAUGUCCCAGAAAAACCUGUUGUAGUAAGCGUACAAAAGCAUUUCAAUCAUCUUAAAUUUAUAGUAAUAGCAGAAUUUAAUACCAUCCAUGAAGCUGCCGUCAAGAACAGAAACCAGUUUUUUAACUAUAGCAUCAAUGACUUAGCCAAAUUGGAAGAUUUAAAUGAGGAUAGCCUCUUAUCUCACCUUAUUAGCCGAUAUAACAUGGGUCAAAUUUAUACUUAUAUCGGAGAUAUUUUAAUCGCUGUUAAUCCUUUCAAACCACUAAAAAUUUAUAAUAAUGAGUAUUCGAAUCGAUAUCGAUCAGCUGAUAUAACGAAACACGAUCCUCAUAUUUAUGCAAUUGCUAGUGCAACCUAUAAUGAUUUGAUCAUUAACAAAAGAAAUCAGUGUUGUAUAAUAAGUGGCGAAAGUGGCGCUGGUAAGACCGUAUCUGCGGGAUUUUUAGUUCAGCAUCUUACGAAACUCGGAAAUGCUACGACUAGGGCACUGGAACAAAAAAUACUUCAGGUCAAUCCACUAUUGGAAGCAUUUGGGAAUGCUCAGACACUAUUUAAUGAUAAUUCAAGCCGUUUUGGAAAAUAUCUAGAAAUGAAAUUUGCGGAUGAUGGCACUGUAACCGGUGCCCAACUGUCACAAUUUUUACUGGAAAAAUCCAGGAUUGUUUCUCAAGCCAAUGAGGAGCGAAAUUUUCACAUUCUUUAUUACAUCCUAUAUGGCUUCCAAUUUAAUAAGAUUGCUAAAAAGUACCACCUCCCAGAGAAUCCGGAAGCAGCUAUUUUUCAUGAUACCACGAAAGCAAUUAAAACUCGAUAUAUUGAUAAAUUUAGAGAAGUUCAAGAGUGUUUUCAUGUUAUUGGAUUUUCAAAGGAGGAGUUGGACAACACAUUUAGUAUCUUAGCUGCUGUGUUGCAAAUUGGGGACAUUGAUUUUCUACGUGAUCAAUCUAAUGAACAUUUAAUUGAGAGAAGUUUGAUCAAAAACAAUGAAAAGCUACGCGUAGUUGCAAAACUUUUGUCGGUUAAUGCUGAAGACAUUGAAGAUGCUCUGAUAAGAAAUACCACCGCGGCUGCAGGGGAAGUAAUAGUAAUGAAUAAUACCGUUACCAAAGCGACAGAAUGUAGAGAUGCCAUGGCCAAGGCUCUAUAUGGUCGCUUAUUCGCAUGGAUAGUUGAUCGUAUAAAUAUGCUACUAAAGCCAGAUAGCCAUUAUGAUAGAUUGUACAAUAUUGGCAUAUUGGAUAUUUUUGGCUUUGAAAAAUUUGAUAAAAAUUCCUUUGAGCAGUUAUGUAUAAAUAUCGCAAAUGAACAAAUACAAUAUUUCUUCAAUAGGCAUAUUUUCUCUUUGGAACAGGAAGAAUAUGUAACGGAGGGCAUCAACUUGGAUACAGUUUCCUUUAAAGAUAAUAAACCUGUUUUAGAUAUGUUUUUAAAUAGAAGAAAUGGCUUGCUAACGAUUUUAGAUGAUGAAACUGUACUAACAACUUCUUCAACUCGUACUCUAGUUGAUAAGUUACAUGAAGGUUUGGCUAAAAAUGAAUACUACUUACAACCAAGAGACAAUAGUGCUUCAUUCGCUAUUUUUCAUUACGCGGCAAAGGUUAUAUAUGAUGCUUCCCUGUUUCUCUUUAAAAAUCGGGAUACGUUGCAGCAGGACAUUGUACAAUUGUUAUCUACAAGUGCCCAUCCUUCCACCAAGACUACUUACAUACCAAGAAAGAAUGCUAAUUUAUUAUCAAUUAAUGAUAACUCGGAUCAAUUCCGAUCAUUACCUUAUCCUAAGGUAAAGAGCCUCAAGAGCAAAAAAAAAUUACCGCAUUUGCUAGGCAGGCCGCGGUCUGGGAGUAAUACUCAUUCUAAGUUGACCGUUGCUUCAUAUUUUAGGAACUCUUUAGCUGAGUUAUUAUCUAAAAUGACAGAAGCACAGCCUCAUUUUGUUAGAUGUAUUAAGCCAAAUAGCCGAAAUGAAGCAGAUAAUUUUGACCAAGACAGAGUAUUAACGCAACUUACUUAUACUGGAGUGAUUGAAACUACAAACAUUCGAAGACAAGGCUUUCCAAAUCGAAUAUCGUUUGCUGACUUCAUGGCAAGGUAUCAGUCACUAGGAUUUAGCGCGACACGCAAGGUACAACCAACUAGUGAUAAUUGCGAAAAAAUAUUAAAGGCAUGCAAAAUCGAAGACUUUGCUAUUGGAAAAACAAAGGUAUUUUUGAGAUAUUAUCAUAUACAACAAUUGGCUAAACAGUUUGAAAAGCAACAUCAAUAUGCGGUUAUUAUUCAAAAAGCAAUUCGAGGUUGGCUGGCUUGGGUUAAAUACAGUCGAGUAAAAACAUUUCGAAGUAAUUGCGCAAUCAAAAUUCAAGCAGGUAAUGUAUUGUACUAG